CAAUACCUACCGGUUUUACUGCUCCAUCACGAGCCACUGGGAACGGGUUGCCCGGGAAACGGCCGCAUGGCAACAGGAUCAGAGCCUGGGGGUUGUCUGCUUCUAGGUCUGCUCCCAUUUUACAUCGCAUUUCCUCACUAGAUGGUGUGCAAGCCACUGGAGAGUACACUUCCCCGCACAGUGGGCUCUACAUCCAGCAAAAACAAACCUGGGAAACUAUAUACGGCGGACCAUUUCUUUACGGCGGCUGCGAGGAGGAAAAGUGUGGAAAUAAAGCGUCGUUUGCGUCUUCUUUUUUUUAUUUUGAAAGCCAACUCCUAGCUCUGUUGUUUUUGCAACACAAGACUUGGGAAAAAGCGGCAACAAAACACAGCUGUGAUGGACAUAAUGAUUGCGGUGCAGGAUGCUUGUGUCUCCGGUCAGUGGCUUACUGCGAUAAUUCUCAGCCUGUGCUGCUUUCUGCCGUCCUGUUUGCCCGCCGGACAAACUGUGGACUAUUCCUCGGUUGAAAGUGUGGUGAGCAGACAAGGCGACACGGCUCUACUGAGGUGCUACCUAUUGGAUGGGAUCUCUAAAGGAGCCUGGCUGAACCGCUCAAGCAUCAUUUUCGCAGGGAAUGACAAGUGGUCUGUGGAUCCACGUGUAUCCAUUGUGUCCAGCGUUGGAGACAAACACGAGUACAGCCUUCAGAUACAGAAAGUGGAUGUAACUGAUGACGGCCAGUACACGUGCUCCAUUCAGAGCGAGCGCAACCCACGGCCAAAGCUCCUCAACCUAAUUGUAAAAGUUCCUCCCAAGAUAUAUGACAUUUCCUCUGACAUCACAGUAAACGAAGGCAGUAAUGUGUCGCUCAUCUGUACAGCCAGCGGGAAACCUGAGCCAAGCAUUUCCUGGAGACACAUAACCCCAUUAGCCAGGAAGUAUGACAGUGGAGAAUAUCUUAACAUCACCGGCAUCACAAGGGACCAGGCUGGAGACUACGAAUGCAGCGCUUUAAAUGACAUCGCCUCUCCUGACACCAAAGCAGUAAAAGUCACAGUCAACUUUGCUCCGUCUAUCCAUGAGAUGAAAAGCCAUGGAGUUGGUCUGGGACGCACAGCUCUGCUAAGGUGCGAGGCAGCUGCUGUGCCCUCUCCGACAUUCGAGUGGUACAAGGGUGAGAAAAGGAUUAUCAAGGGUCAAGGCAUCGACAUCAAGAGCCUCAGCUCCAGAUCAGUCCUCACAGUGACCAACAUGACAGAGGAUCGUUACGGGAACUACACAUGUGUCGCCUCCAACAAGCUAGGGACGGCUAAUGCCAGUGUGCCUCUCAUUCCAAUUAUUGAACCCACCACCACUAGUGCUGUCUCAAGCCCAGCGCCCAACACUGCACCCUAUGGGAGCACAGGAAGUGCGCAUGUCCCGCUGGCCUGCCGAUACCUGGUCCUGGCUCUCUCCUCCUUCAUCAGCGUGUACUAGCAGAGGCCAGUCCAGACACAAUGACUGUCGAGAGCAUUUAUGAAUCCUUUUUGACAUUGCUGAUGGCUGGAAUCCAAUCUGGUACAGUUUGUUGAAAAGCCGUGAUGGGGAAAAAUAAUCAGCGUUAUUUUGUGUGGGGAAAUAUUUCUUUUCUUUUCUUUUUUUUUCUUUGCUUUUUGGUGAAAUUUCUGUCAUGUAAAUACUAUGAUGUUUUUUUUUUAAUUAUUAUUAUUAUUAUUAUUAUUAUUCCUCUCUUCUUUUCUGAUUGAUUGACCACCUUGUGAAUCAGUGCUCACCCUCCGGCCCCCCCUCCCCAGCCCCACCCCACCCUCCAGUCAUAUCAAAAGCCCCCCAAACUUCCCAAAUGAGUUACUUUCAUGCCUCUAUCUCUGGGAGGCGAUGGCGCAAAAUUGACAUUUUCAUCCGUUUUUGUACAUGGCUAAAAAGAAGCAAUUGUGCCAAGUCUCUCAGUACACAGAAUUACCAUACCAAUGUUGUAUUGAAUGUAUUAUGGGUUGUUGAACAAAGGAAAGACAUUUAGAUUCCUAACAAUACAAAUUCUGAUUAUGGAGUGUGCUUAAAAAAAUACAGAAAAAAAAAGAAAAAAAAUCAAAAGAUGAAAAAAGGCAGGGCUUUUUCAGGACCUGUAUUGUCAUGAUUACUCAAUAGAUGGAUGAACAGUGUUGAAGGUGUGCUUUGUUGUAUUCUGAAAUGGGUCCUUCAGUUACUAUGCCUGCCUAACGGAUUUGAUCAGGCAGCCGUCAAAGUAGCAAAGUAUACUGUAUUGUAUCUUUAUAUUUUAAUAUAGUGUAGGCUUUUGUUUUAAAGUGGGACCAGCUUUUCUCAUUUGACCAAGAACAUUAACUCAGCUCACGACUUUGUACAGUAUGAAGGGAGGAACAUCGCUGCCCUAUGUUUACAUUUUUCUUGAGAAUAUAAAUACUACAGUAUAUACUCCAUACUUUUUCUUUCAGAGAGUCCACAUAUACGUGAAUGUCACGACAAACUGUUGCAGUUGAGAAGAAAGAGCAGAGCCCGAGUUCAACUGUUGUAAGAUGCAGUUCUCUGAAACACGCCACCUCCAGUGGGCGUCUGAGCAGAGCGUUUUUUUCCUCUGAGUUUGUUGUGCACCUACUGACCAUCGACUGGCUGAAAAACUCCACGCUGUAGGUCGCUUGAAGUAUUUUGGCUUCAACUUUUGGCAUGAUACUUAGAUAAUGGACUCUGGGAAAGCAGCAUUCUGCAGCACGGUAUUUUACUCCGCUGUUUUUCUUUACAGAUAAUUCAAUACUUAAAUAUAUCACAUUCGCUUUUACAGUAAAUAUAUCAUUGCAACUAAUAAAGGACAUCCAGAGAGCCAAAGGUCAUGUAACUUAAGAUUUCUGGCAAAUACACCAACACAUGGUAUGAAAAAAAGUACAACAAUGAAACCUGCUUUGCCUCCAAUCUGAUUCCUUCUCAUCCUAACUAUGUGCAGCAGAACACAAUAAAGCUUAUGAACAUGCUCAUCAGGACAGACAUGGCCUAAGGUGCUAACAGCUCCUCCAAGAUGAGAGUCCAUUGUCUUCAAACAGUUGAUCAGUGUCCACAGGGCCCGUGAAUGUCCAGUAGAGAAUAAAUUAAACCAUGAGGUCGUUUAUUAGGAGAAAAUGUGGCUUUUUGUUCGCUGAAAUCAACCAUAUCAAGGCUCAAAAACAACAUUAUUGCCAGGGUUUACAUUCUGACAAGACUGUCAUGGCAUAUUCAUCCUCAAGUAUCUUCAAUUCAUGGUGUAAACAGAGAUACUGUACUGUAAUGCCUUAAUAGUACCAUUGACAUCAAAUUAACUUCCUUCAGAAGGACACUUCCAGAAGCUCUCAAUAAGAUAUGACUCAUUUGUUAAACAUGUUACUGCUUAUUGAAUGUUCAUAAACCAGUAGCUGACUUAUCUUUCAAAUUAGGCGUUAUAUUCAGUCAAAACUAAAUUUCUCAACCUAUGGCUCCUGCAGGUAUCUUCAAAUAAGCCAGUUGCAUCUGAUUAAAAAAAUGCAGUAUUUGUCGUACAGGUUGACAUGUUUGCAGGUCUUGUUUGGAUUUGGAUUGUGUUAUAUUUUGCCCCGGGAUCGAGGGACUAACAGUUCACGCAGUAUUUUCACACAAACUUGUAACUGCAAACCUAUAGAGAAAUAGCCAUCGCAGUUAAAAGACUUAAAGCACAAACACUGUUAUUACUUUUACGUUUUGUGGUGAUUUGUUUCAAGGUCUGCUAAACAUUUUAUUUUUUUCUUUUAUUGUUUGUACUGAAAUUGUUAUCGACUUGUUUUACAAAUUAUGAAAAUACUGCACCAUAUGAUCUUGUUUAAAUGUUAAGGUAUAAUGAAAAUGGGUCAGAAGUAUAUUUAUUCUCUUCCUUUAUGAAAACAAUGUAUAAAAAAAAAUUACAUUUGAAACAUGUAAAACUGGAUAUGUGACAUUUAUUUGAAUGAGGCACAGUAUGGCAUAGUUUAUAAUGUUGUCGGGUUCAUUUAGAUGCCAUAACUGUUGUUGAUUUUUUGUCAGAUGAGUACAUUAAAAAGAACAAUGUUUGCAAUCAGAUUACCUACUUUUUGAAACAGAGAGGGUGUGAACCAAUAUAACAGUAUUAUAGAACAGAAUCAAUGUGUGUAUAUUUGGAGAAAAAUAGGAUACCUUUUGAUCUUUAGAGCCAGUGUGUAGUCAUAGUUUUCACACACUUGCGUGUUUGACAAUGUGCAGAGAGUAUGGUUGUGCUGCAUGUCAAAGUUAACCUGUGUUUUUGAGGUGGCCAUUUUACAGAUAUUCAUACUUUUUAUGAAUGGAACCAGUUCUGUUUUGUUUUUUGUUUGUUUUUUCCAAAACCUUUGGUUCUUGAACCUGGUCUAAAAAUACAUACCUCCUACAGACCAGCUGGCUAUGUUUGUUUGUGAUUUAUUUGAAUCAACUUUUGCUGAUGAACUAAAACAACUGCUAUACAGAGUCAUAAUGAUUAUUGUGGCACAUUGGUGACAGUCUGGAGUUGUGCUGGUUGCUUGUCUAAGCAGUCAAGACCAUGCUAGUAUUCAUACAUAUGAAAUGUACUGGAUGUUGAUUAUUUUGAAUAAUGGUAUUAACAAGUCCCUUUUAUCGAAUCACUAUUAUUUGCAAUAAAAGUCUUCAUGUUACAAUAUAAACCCACAUCUGAGUUCAUGAGCACUCAAAGGGGUUGUCAUUAUCACUGAGACAGAGUUUGAGCCAGAGCGCGCCGUCACCACAAUGUCCUCCUUAAAAUAUAAAAUGUCUCGUCACCACAUCCUCCCUGCAUCAAACUGUCCCUCUAAAAAUCAAAAACAGAAUCAGUGCUGUCAGCAGACUUCUCAUUUUUAGAUUUUAAUAACUGUCAUUAAUUGUUUCUUGAAUUAGCUCAACUACAAAAUACAUUGUUGGCUGUUGCCCUGUAUAUGUACAUCGUUUGGGGACUGCCCAUUGUUCUAAAGGCCCAAAUUUCUGGGGCCCCAUUAGUCGGAAAAAUGUCCCAUUGGACUGAAAGCCCAUUUCACUGACAGCUUGUUAUCCCAAAAACAAACGCCCAUGCUCCAAAGUGCAGUUUCUCCUAAAAUAUACACUCCCUGCAGUUAGACAACCCAAUCAUUAGAAAAAAAUGUUUGUAUUGUACAUUUCUGUAAUCCACUGGUUUGGAAAAGAUCAUGGUUCAGCUUAAAACGCCCAUGUUUGGUGGCACAGAGGUCGCUGGAAAAGCAGAGAUGGGUCGGAGAAAAACGCCCAGGUUCAGUAGCUGAAACGCUGCUGGAAAAAUGCCAUGAAGGGUCGUUAAAGAAAUUUGGAAUUCAUGGCUCAAACGCCACGGGGGAAACUGAAACUGACUGCAGGAGUGUGUAUUUUCAGACAAACAGGACUUUGGAGCAAUGGGCAUUUGUUUGCGGGGUAAAGUCCAUUGGUUCAUUUUAUGGACAAGUGGGGCUUCUGAAUUUUGGGCUGUUUGAGAGGAAAAACUCCCUUUUUAAAAAUGUAGCAGGUAUCAUGUCUUUUUAGGUUAAAAUAAAACAGCUGGGUAUGGAAAUGGCUGGUACAAACAAUGUUAUGUUGGCUGACUGCACAUGUCAAAAUCUGCCAUAGCUAGACAGCAGUCGAGCGCUGACAGCUAAAGCCACAAACUAAUAUUUUAUCACUUAUGUUUAGGACAGAUUGUUCUGACUGUGACAUUGUAACAUGAGCUAAUGUUAGUGAACAAUACAAUGUAAUGUCAGCUAAUAAUAGCUUAACUAUAUAAUGUGACAUUAGCUUAUUUUAGCUAACACUACAAUGUAAGCUAACACUACAGUGUAACAUUAGCUAAUGUUAGCUAUGACUACAAUGUAAUGUUAGCUUAUGUUAGCUAACACUACAGUGUAACGUCAGCUAAUGUUAUCUAACACUACAAUGUAACGUCAGCUAAUGUUAGCUAACACUACAUUGUAACGUUAGCUUAUGUUAGCUAACACUACAGUGUAACGUUAGCUAAUGUUAGCUAACACUACAAUGUCACGUUAGCUUAUGUUAGCUAACACUACAGUGUAACGUUAGCUAAUGUUAGCUAAGACUACAAUGUAAUGUUAGCUUAUGUCAGCUAACACUAAGUGCUGCGGGAAUGAGUAAGCAUUUUAGCACUCCCACUUCGCUUGUCUUGAGGUCAGUGGGUCUGUUGAUUUUUGGUUAGAUGCCUAAAAUAAGGUCUGUGGUUAACACAAGCUAAAGACACUUUCAUGUUUUGUUCUGAAGCAAAAAAUACAUCAUUAAAUACCCUACUACUAAAUUCUGAAGCUUUUACGUGUUUUAAAAAGAUGGUUGCUAACAAGUGGCUAAAUGAGACUACAGAACGUCAUCGCAUUUUUUUUUUUUCCUUCUGGUGAUUGCAUUUAAACUAACUAUGAUAAACUUCUGUUUGCCACAGAGCUUGCUUCCUGCAAUGAUCCAAAAUCCAAUGGAAAAAUCCCACUGGCUUUUUGUUAAGGGAACCAGGGGGUGUUAAAAUUGUGUUGGCCUACAAAUAAACUUCAUCCUGCAACACUGUGUUGGAUCAAUUUAGGAUUAAUUUAGAUGAUACCUGAUAUUUUCAGCCUUAAUUGUCAGAUGCGACUUAACAGAAUUUUGUAACUUUUACCAGAUACCAGAUUCACACCAUGAUUAGAAUCAUGACAAAAGUAAUUUUAAGUGUCACGGUAAUCUACAUAUUAUCACUAAAUCCAAGCUGCAGUAAAUUGGUCUGGUUUUGUGGAUACAGAUGAAUUAUAAACUCUUUGAAGUGUGCUUGAAGCAAAAUACAGAUUUGCCAGUGGCGCAGUGAAACCCUGGUGAAACAAACACUGCCGGGAAUAUUCUCCAGGCAGAGGCAUGAGGAAAAUAUCAGUGUGUUUGUACAGUGUAGCCAGAAUUAUUGAGUCAUCCUAAUUUUGCCGUAUCAUGCAUAUUUGAUCCCCUCCCCUCUGCCCUCAGACUCUUCGUAAAUCCUCCUGAGCCCUGAUGACCAGAAGUCACAAUACAUAGGAUUAACCACCGUUUGCACCGCAUCCUCAUCGCUCAGUUUAUGUGAUCUGAAUAUAUUUACAAACAUGACUUUCUGCACAUUCAGUCCCACACAGGCCCCGGUUAUACCUUUUCCCUGACAGCACAAGGCUCUGGAGUAUCCUCUGACCUGAAUACGCUCCCGACUAAAAGAUCCGUGGCUGUGUGACCUACCUCAUAAAAGUUCAGUUAAAAAAGUCAUGUUGAUGUACAAGCUGAAAAGAGGCCACGCCACCCACUUGCAGAGAUCACUGCCUCACCUUGUGCUCCCAGCUGACAGCGGGGGGAAAAAAAUCUCUCCACUUUUAAAUUUAAGAUAAGAGGAUUUUAAAUAUUCAUGCGAGUGCGUAUUAUUACGGCUCCACAUUUCCCACGCUGAAUUUUUAAAUUGUCCAUUUUCAAAGCAUCCUCCUCCUCUCGUCCCGAUGUAUCAGGAUCAUACUGUUCUGUUUGCAUUUAUUACAAGUUUGGGUUCAUGCAACAACAGCUGUUUAAACUGAAUCUUGGAGGGGGACAAGUACUGUACUGAAUGUGCCUUUAAAGUAUUUUAUCAAUCAUAACCAACCCUCAUUUAGAGCAUUAAUGCUCCUGCUAAACAUAGCUAAACAUUACAUACUUAAUAUCUCAACAAUGAAACAAAUGCAGCACUAAUUAACCGUUAUUCUGACACAUGUAACCCCAAUGUAGCAUAGAAUACAAAUGAAUUAAACAAAGUUAAAUGUCAUCAUCAUCAUUAGAAUAAUUAGGAUUAAUGCAUAGUUAAAGUGUAGUCAUGUGUGUUUAUCUACCAGGGAAACAGAAGCAGGGUUCAGCCUGAUUAUCGUCAGGUCAAACUGUUCACACAAACUCUUCUUACGCUUUGUUUUCACUUCUUUAAUAAUAUGGGCAGGGACGUAUUUGAAAGGCACGUUUAUUAAUCUUCUCUGUGAUUGACGUACUGUACCUGACACUAUCUUAACAUUUUACUGCCGCGCUGAAAAUAAAAAACAACAGAAACACAGCUUGUGUUUAAACAAACAGAAUUAUUUUGAGGAUGAUGUGUGACUCCGAGUGUCACUGUAGGAAGUGUCAUGACAAACUCAGACACUGCUGUGACACCCUGCAACAGCACCAACAGGAGCACAUACGGUGUGUUGCCAAUAAAGAGUUGAUGAGGUGAUUCAAUAUAUUGCAAGUGGCGUUUACAGUCUAAGAAGGCAGACGCGGAUAAAUACUGACAAUGAGUCGUUUUGUAUCGCAGCUAAUGCAAAUGCUCAGCCUAUCAGCGUGCAUCAUCAGCACAUAACGCUUUACAGUGUGUUGUGAUUUCACCACUCAAAUGCUGAAUGUUUGUAGUUUUUAUUCUGCAAAUUAAUAUAUGUAAAACUGCAUCAUCCUGCAGUGAAAAUGAGGCAGCGUAUACUGGAGGUUAUGGAAAUGAUUAGCAUGGUGUCAAAGUGCUGUUCACAAAGGCGUCGGAGGCCGCGAAGAACAGAGCGGAGGAGUUGUGAGAGAGGGAUUCCUCCUGACCCUGCGGUUAAUGAAACCCUUCCUGUGCCUUUGUCAGUUUUAACUGUGAGAGAUUGUGUCAUACUACUCACUGGAGCUGCUGCCUGGCUCCCGCAGUCGCCAUCCCACUUCCCUGAGCAGCAUACUGAGUUGUCAGUAUCAAAAAAACCUCUGUUUCUUGAGUGCUAGCAUUCAGUUUGGGAGAUAUGUUUGUUGCACAGCAGGAAAAUGCUAUCCCUCCUGUCAAACGCAGGCAGAAAGAGGAAAAAAAAAAAUUGAAUUUCUUUCUCUAUAACCAGUCUCCGGGCAAGUUUGAUUCAGCUCUAAAUGGAAAAAAGAAAAAGUUAAGGUUUUUUUGAAAUAGGUCUCUUUCUUUUCUCUCAAACAUUUCAGUUGGUACAAAAACAGUGAUUUCUGACGGGUGUGACUCUCCGUUUUCUUUGAAAUCCUGAUAGUGUUGCUGGCAGCUGCCAAUGUAGGGAGGGGCUAUUUUAAAUAGAAGUUGCAUCAAGUAUUUGUCAACCUGUCCCUCAUUAUUUCCACUGAACUGGAAAAUAAGUUGCCAGCCAAUGAUGCAGAGCCUGAGAUAAUGCCUGGGUUUAAAAGCAAGCUAUCUAAGCCAGGUCUCUCCAUGACGCCGAUGACUAAAUCACACACUGCGAAGUGUUUUCACGUAAAGCUCCCGGGCACUUGUCAGUUUUCAUGAAGGAUUGAAUGGGUUUGCCAUGGAGAGAAUGUCAUCAUUUGACUGACAGUAAAUGUAAUCCUGUUUCAUUUGUGUUCAUGCCCCAGCAGGCAGAUUACACAUUGUUUUAUACACACUGAAUGACACAGCAAAUCACUUCUUUGUAGCACCAGUUCAUUGUGUGUGUGUCUUCAGUGUUGUGUUUGUUUAAAUGGAGUGACCUCUAGUAGAGUUCAAGGUAACGAGGUGCAGCAUUUCUUCUGUUUGUUUCUGUAAAUUAAAAAAUAUUUACUAAUGCCAUAUUGUUUUCUUUUUACAAAAACUGGGAGUGGAUAUUAUAAAGUUGGUGGGAACAUCCGAAAAGUUUCUAUAUGGACUCUUAUUUCACAUUUUUUUAUUUGUUAUAUUUAAAUUUUUCAAAUCAUCAUGCUGAAAAAUAAUAUGAUGAGAAAUCUGGAACGGAAAUGUUUACUCCAAUGUGUAUGAAGGUCCUUUAGCCACCAGGGAUAUAGUUGUACAUUUAUAGGCUCUAGAUCACUGGAAUGAUAUAUAUGGCUUUAAGUGGCAUUGAUAUAUCUAUAUAUAAUAUAUAUAAAUAUAUAUAUUGAUAUUUGUCCAGAAAUAAGAAAAUUCAUGUACUUUAAUUACUUUAAAGCUUACAUUGUGUAU